AUGCCUUUGAUUACUAUUAUCGAAACUGGUGUUACUCAUUCUUUUAUUGUUGCUAACUGUGUGAAAAGGCUAGGCCUUGUUGUGUCUUCUAUGAAUGGAGAAAUGGUUAUCGAAACUCCUGCUAAGGGUUCGGUGACUACUACUUCAGUUUAUUUGAAUUGUCAUUUGUUAAUCUUUGAUAAGGAUUUUGGAAUUAAUCUUAUUUACUUGCCAUUGGAGAAUGUUGAUGUUAUCUUGGGGAUGAACUGGUUGGAGUUCAAUCAUGUUCAUAUCAAUUGUUAUAACACGUCGGUGCGGUUUCUUACUCCUGGUGAGGAGGGAGAAGUUGGUUUCUUGUCUGCUAGAGAAUUGAAGGAGCUUUUAGAGGAGGAACCUCAUGUGUUUUUUUUGGUCGCGGCGUUAUCUGCUAAGAGUCAAGAAGUGAUUGAUUAA